ACAAGUCCCGCCCCGCAGGCGGCACCGGAAGUAGCAGGCCGAGCUCAGCCUUUAAGAUGGCGUCUCCUCAGGGGGGCCAGAUUGCGAUCGCGAUGAGGCUUCGGAACCAGCUCCAGUCAGUGUACAAGAUGGACCCACUACGGAACGAGGAGGAAGUACGAGUAAAGAUCAAAGACUUGAACGAGCAUAUCGUCUGCUGUCUGUGCGCAGGCUACUUCGUGGAUGCCACCACCAUAACAGAGUGUCUUCAUACGUUCUGCAAGAGUUGUAUUGUGAAGUACCUCCAAACCAGCAAGUACUGCCCCAUGUGUAACAUCAAGAUCCAUGAAACACAACCGCUUCUCAACCUCAAACUGGACCGGGUCAUGCAGGACAUCGUGUACAAGCUAGUGCCAGGCUUGCAAGACAGUGAAGAGAAACGAAUCCGAGAAUUCUACCAGUCCCGAGGCUUGGACCGGGUCACCCAGCCCAGUGGGGAAGAGCCAGCCCUGAGCAACCUUGGCCUCCCCUUCAGCAGCUUCGACCACUCCAAAGCCCACUACUAUCGCUAUGAUGAGCAGCUGAGCCUAUGCCUGGAGCGGCUGAGUUCUGGCAAAGACAAGAAUAAAAGCAUCCUGCAGAACAAAUAUGUCCGGUGUUCUGUUAGAGCUGAAGUUCGCCAUCUCAGGAGGGUCCUGUGUCAUCGCUUGAUGCUAAAUCCCCAGCAUGUGCAGCUCCUUUUUGACAAUGAAGUUCUCCCUGAUCACAUGACCAUGAAGCAGAUAUGGCUGUCCCACUGGUUCGGCAAGCCAUCCCCUUUGCUUUUACAAUACAGUGUGAAAGAGAAGAGGAGGUAGGGGCCAAGCCCCCACCCAUCUUUGUCCCCUUCCCUCCCCAGAUAUUUAUGUGAAAUUAACUUUGGCUUUAUUUUUUGAAAUAAAAACUUUAAAAAAGCA